UCCAGGCUUCCGUAGACAUUCCUUCACUGUCAGUGUGCGGUGACAGACAUCGGUGAGCCCUCAAAUCAACCUCCAAGUGUCCACCAUGGAAGAGAUUAAUAACUUUGAAGUGGUUCCGUGCACAGAGUCCGACUACCUGAAGCCGUUCAGGGUGCACUACAACCAGAAUGGCACAAAGAAAUCCUGGGACUUCAUGCGAACCCAUGACAGUGUAUCCGUGCUGAUCUUCAACACCACCUCACACUGUUUUGUCCUCGUCAAGCAGUUCCGUCCAGCCGUGUACAUGUGCGAGUGGGAAAAGGCGAAGACGCAGCCGCCUCAGUCAGCGGAGAAGCCCGAGGAGGGCGCCGCCGAGGCCGCGGCCGCCGAGGCUCAGGAGGGCCAGCAGCCGGCCCCGGAGGGGGACAGCUCUUCCCAGUGGCCCCCGGCGUCGGCGGGCGUCACCUACGAGCUCUGCGCCGGCCUGGUGGACAAACCCGACCUCUCGCUGGAGGAGAUCGCUCGGCAGGAGGUGCUGGAGGAGUGCGGCUACGACGUACCCGCUUCCAAGCUGAAGAGGAUCACCUCCUACCGGUCAGGCGUCGGCGUAACGGGCGCAAAGCAGACCAUGUUCUACGCCGAGGUGUCGGACGACAACUGCGUGAGCGCGGGCGGAGGCGAGCCGCGGGAGGGCGAGCUGAUCGAGGUGGUCAAGGUCCCGCUGCACGAGGCCAUGACGUUCGCCUACAACGAGCGCAUCCCCAAAACCAUGGGCGUCAUUUUUAGCUUCAUCUGGUUCCACAAUAACAUGUCUCCCAAGUACAAGAUCUCCACCAACGUGUAACUAGUCUUAUCCAACGCCUCUUUCUAUCAUUUAUUCCAAAUUCAAUCGAAACACUGGCCCAGCACAUCCACUCUGUCCACCGCUCCCCCCCCCCCCCCCCCCCCCGAUGGUUCUUCGUCCUGUAAUGCCUUCUUUGCUUAUCGGUACACGGCGAAAGCGCGCGGCGCCUCGUCCCGUUCCCGACUGGUAUCGUUACGUUUUUGUCUGCAGACGUUUUCUUUUUGUUUGUCUUUUCGUUUCAUGUGGUCUCACGACUUUUGAUUCAAACAAAUUUUGCCAUAGCUGGUUGUCACUGGCACUUUUUCUCUACUUAAUAUAUAUAUUUUUUUUAUAUUCUAUGCUGAUCAUUUAGUUUAGUGUGUCAUUUCUUUGAAAUGGCUGCAUAUCACUGAUUUCAUUUGCCUGCCCUUAAUUAAAGGGAUACGCCACUGCUUUUUAAUGUAAUCUUUUUUAACGUCACCUUCAAGAGACAGUAUCACCUGAAGAAGACUGAAAAACACUUGUGCACGAAAAUUACUUUGACUAUCAGUUCAGCGUCGUUACAUUUUUUAUGUUUCUUUUCAUCCAAAUUGGCCUCAAGUGCUAAAUUGUAGUAUUAGUUUCAUAAUUAUUGUAAGUACAGCAAAAUGUGACCAUUGUUUUUAUGGUUAAUGUGAAAUUUCAAAUAUAUUUUGACUUUCUUACUCAAUAAAUAUUCCAAUAUUUCAGAUGGAUGUUUAAAUAAUUUGCUCACAGAGAUUGUGGAAUAUCCUCAACUUGAUGAACACGUAUAUAAUAAUAACCAGCAUUCAUAACCUAGUAUUUAUUAGUUACAUUAGAAUUUGUAUUCAUGAUUUUUAGAAUUUAGAUAAAUUCUAAGAGAUCUGAUGUUACAUUAUUAGAACAAAUCAUUAUCAGACCCACCUUUUCCAUCCAUCGGAGUUAAAUGGCAUUAGGUUACAGUGCUAACCAGCAGUGUACCGCCGCACAGCCUCUGUUUGCUAAUAUAUCAGCGUGAUCAUGUUUCCUGCACACCAUCUUUCCUUUUAUGUGUCGGUUCAUUUCAUCAGCUAAUCAAAGAUGAAUCCACGAAGGUGAAAAAAAAAAAAAACAGUGGCGUAUUCCUUUAAUCCAUGAUCCAGUAAUGCAAAAACUAUGCUAGUCAACUGUGGGGCCUUGUUAUGACGGAGGCGUUCGGGCAUGCCUCACUUGAGUUCUCUGAUCCACAGCCUUUAAGCAAUACUUCUCACUGUACCCCAGGUUAAACCCUCACCCCCCCCCGUCACUGAAGACUGCUCUCACUUCGUCUCAAAGUUUUUGGUUUUUUUUUUUAAUAAGGGGCAAUCACACCAACAUAUGAGCAGAAAGACUAAUUCCCUUCACAGAAGCAGCAGGACCUAAUUUCCGUUUUCAGCAAAAUCACCAUAUGCAAGCACAAUCCCGAUAAAAGAGUUAGCCGGCUAAAGGCACUCGCUUCUGUUCCCGAUGGUCUCGUCACAUGUAGAUUAAGAAUAUGAGGCGCUGCAGUGGGUUUCUGUCUGUGUCCCGAGCCUGUAUCGUAGUAGCGACUGACCCGAAACGUGGAAACUGUUUCCAAGUUUCUCUUUGACUCUUAACGAGGAGUUUAUAACCAAGAGAGAAGACACCAUAAAAAAAUGCACUUCUCUAUUUUUAUAGUCGAUCUUGUGGGCGACAUGUUAGGAAUCCAUUUCGGACACAUUAAGAAAAGUUCAGGGCCAUGUUUAAUCGAACUUAACAACCAUCUGAAUGAUUUGCUUCUGACCAUCGUUCACACUCAAACUCGAUCUCGACAGCAGCUCUCCAAAAUCUCAGGUCUAAAUAGGUCGAUCUUUUGUCUCGUUCAGGGUGGAUCUCUGGAUACGAUGACGACCAGCAUAUUAAUACAUUUUAGGAUCAUUUACAGCUCGCCUCACAGCAGCAAACAGAGGUUUCUACUGUUCCCAAUAUUUCUCAGUAUUUUUCUUCAUCCAGAAAGGGCUGGUACUUCAUUUUAAUAUUUAUUAAGUAGAAAGAGACUCCCCCACCCCGUAGUUCUGUUUAAAAUAUGCAAAAACUAAAUGAAAGCCAGUACUUUAUCUAAAAACUAAUGACCCAUCUCAUGAUUUCGACAUUCUCACAGCACAAGAAGCGAACUACACCGACAGAUCUCAUUCAUAGCCUCUGACUUUCUGCUCUCGAAGCCCUGAUGAUGCAGCUGCAAAACACCUGGAACCAAACGCUUCCAGUGAAAAACCAACAGCUAAAGACCUCAUGAAUCGCUGUCCGAGUGAUGCUGGACUUUAAAGGUGUUUUUGGUAUUUUUUCUUUGUAUUAAUGAGAUCAGAAUUAGAGUAACGCAACACCAUAACCUACAGCUUAAUGAUGAACACACACAGGUGGAUCAACACCUCUCUAAGAUAAGUGUGUGUUGUGCUCUGCAGUUUGUCCUCGCUGACUUCCAGAGCACCAACAACUGACAAUCAGACGUGAACAUCUGCUCACUUUUUUCCCCCCAUAAAACGUUUCGAUGUGCGUGCUUGUUAACGCUGAAACUCACAGCACUGCUUUUCAAAGACCGAGCGUCAUUUUAGGAAUUGGGCUGCCUGUUCAAGAGAAAAUGCUUUAUUUCAUUGACAAAACCGAAAUAAGUUUUAGUUCUCCCAGAAAUCUGGGAAUCAACACCGCAAAACUACAUAGAGAUAUACGAACAGCUUUGAAAGCCAUACUCAUCUCCACCUUUCACCCGCGCUCUCCUUCUGCCACACAAAUGCACGAUUGUAAAUUUAGCUCAAAACGCUCGACUUUUGUUUCAUAAGUUGGUUUUAAAGAAUGCUAAAUUCUCAGGAUUAAAGGAGCAUACAAACCACGACGACAAAGCAUGAAGUUUUGAUGCAAACUGUCCGCACAAGCUCAGCAUCGGAAUCCUCCUGGGAAAAUGUGAAAAGCAUCUUGGGAAAAACCAUGAGGUGGUUUAGUAGUGGUCAGGAUGCUCUGCAUUUGUCACAAUUUGUUUGAAUAAUAUUCCUUAAGCACACUUGACAAUGUAAUAACAAGCCACUGAAAUAACUUCAAUGUUUUUCUGUGUAAAUUGACGGUUGAGCUCAGUCACUUUCUGCAACUUCUUCUGUUCAAACAUCUGGAAAAUAUCUGAAGGGGGUCAGAGUGGAUCUCUGAAUCUGUCUGAUGGGGAACCUCGCUGAAAGAUUUCCAAUGGUGCUGACGGUUUUCCAUUAAAUCUGCUCUUGUCUAUUACCGUGGAAAAUACAUUCCUUUAAGAAUGACUCACGACCGGAAUGAUUUGUUGCCCAAUUUCGAAGGUACGGGGUGAACCGCGAGCUAUUCAGAGUGGAAGGCAAAUGUCAGAAAUCUGUGCGUUUUCCCUAAAAAAAAAAAAUCACUUUGUCUUUGAUUUGGUUCAACUCUAAACAAAAGCCAUUUUAAACCUCGAAGGCCAGUCUGUGACUUUGUGCCUGUCUGGAGCGAACCGGCAGUGGAGGAACCUUUCUGUAAACAGUCGGUAAGCUUCCACACCUUAAACCAUUAUCCAAAAGUCUGGAGCGUUUGAGGACAGGAGCAGCGGCGGCACUCAGAAUGUCGUUCGCCAACCAGGAAAGUGGGACGGAUCGACUCUUAACGUCUAAAAGCCGUUGCGGCUGAAACUCGGCUGUCGCUAGAGUUCGGUUCAGCUGCAAGUUCAGCAGGUUCGGCCAGUUUCAGUCAAUCAGCAGUUAAACUCACACGGUGACCUGCAUUUUGUUUUGUAUUUACAGUUAUUUGUUUUUUGAUAUACGCUGAUCAUCAUGCAUUACGUGCCGAACUGCACAUUAAAUAGCAAACAUAUUGAAAGGCUCCAUGAAAAGAAGAUAAAUUGUGCAUUUCUCUAACAAUCACACACAUUUUUGCUGUGCACAAUAUGAAAUCUAAAUGCAUUUUCUGGCAGUGAACAAACGGAAUAUCAAGUUAAGUGUGAUAUUAACAGCGCAGAAACAGUGUGGGAAGGAGCCGGUAACCACAAGGUUAAAGGUCACGCACACCCUCCUGCCCUUCUAUUUAUAGGAUUUUCCUGUGUGAAGGCAACUCCUCACCAAAUACGAUCACAAACAAUUUAAAGAACGGUACUUUUGGUGUUACUUAACGUUCUCUACACUUCUGCUAGUGUUUGACGUGUUGUCGGUGUGACGCAACUCUGCUGGACCACGAUCCUUUGCGCUUUUUCACAUCAUUAAGUGUAUUUCAUAGACCUCAAGUCAUCCAAAACCUUCGCUCAUUCGAUCGCAACCAGCCUAAAAUUGCGCACUGACGUUUUAAAAUUGUCCCUGAACGUCUCGCGCCCGUGCACGAGCCCGAGGGCGUCGGCCGCCGCUCCGCUCUUGUCCUCCAAACCAGAUCUUAGCAUGCUUUCGACAGGUGGGAGCGAGGUUGCAGACUGUGCCUCUGUAAGCCAUAAAAAGAAAAAAAAAAAAAGCUCAACUAAACCAAGCAGAACAUCUGAGGUGAGUAAACAAGUCCAUCGAUUCGCUCUUGCCUAUGCUGGAUUUUAACCAUUAGCCAAGCAUUUCUACCUCCAUCACUCAGGCGCGCGGGAAACAGAUCUCGCGUCCGCUCGCUUGCUCGUAAGGCGUCGACAUAUCGGAUUCUCAGCAGCUCCUGACUCAGCGGUUCAAUCAUCACCACCAGAGUUUUUCUAGCUGUUCCCCCCAUGGCUAUGCUGUAAUCGCUUCUUCAAAUGUGAUUGUUUUCUGUUUGGUUUUUUUUUUUUUUUUUUUGUUCAUGGUUUGUGCACUGUUUGACAAUUUCUUACUGUAUUUUCUAUUAUCUGAGCAUCAUUUCAAGGUGAAAAUGAUUUUUUUUUUUAAAGGUGCUAUGUGUAGUAUUCUCUACUUACAGAGGGUGUGAUAUCUGUGAAAUUCUAUCUGGAUAACCCUGGAUGUUCCAGUCCAGACAUCGCCACUAUUGACCCGAUCUAUAUCCCUCUUUUUCUAAAUAUCUCGAUUGAAAAAAAAGCACUUUUUGAUUUUGAUAUCGGUGGCUUCUGCCUCUCGGAUCAGCAGACUGGUAGCUGAAUAUUGAGAAGCAACAUGAAGGAAUGAUGGCUGCUUUCAGGCAGCUCAUAGUGACUCUAUGUUGUAGCACUUCUGUUUAUUCUAUUAGCUCGUGUGACGUUCAGCGAAAAUCCUACACAUAAUACCUUUAAGUGGAGGGAUCGUUUUGUGUUCAAUGGUGAAGACGUUUUAAAAAAAAAAAGAAAAAAGGUUUACUUGUGAGUUUCUCUUUUCUUUCUCGUGUCUCAUGCUGAAAUUGUGUUUUUAAACAAAAUUUAUUUUCUGAAUAAAAAGUACAAAUAUGAACAUUGCAAAAUUACAAAUUUACCAUGUAUUUUCAGCUUAAUUACAAGUGUAUACAUUGUGGGCAGUGUUUUUAGUAACGUUCCGGUAAGUUAAUUUAUUACCUACAUGUUGAAAUAUUUAACUUUCAAAAAACAUGACACUUGGUACAAACAUACAGUAUAUAUUUAAAUAUGAUACUUUGCAUGUGCACUAAAUGUGUUGGAUUAAAACUGCAUUAAGUUGAAAUAAAAUGGGUUUGUUGCCCAAAACGUC